AUGAUUGAUAAAGAAGCAAAAUAUGAUAGACAAUUAAGAUUAUGGGAAACAAUUGGUCAACUGAAAUUAGAAAAUAGUCAUAUUGCAUUAAUAAAUGCUACUUCAACUGGUUCAGAAAUAUUGAAAAAUUUAAUAUUACCAGGAAUCGGGAAAUUUACUAUAAUUGAUAAUCGUAAAAUAACAAAAUCAAUAAGUUCAUCAAAUUUUUUUAUAAGAGAUAAUGAUAUUGGAGAAAAUGUUGCAUCAUGUGUUACUAAAAACUUGAACGAGCUAAAUUCAGAUGUUAAAGGUUACGCCAUAAAUGAAUCAAUUGAAUCACUCCUAAAAUCUAAAAUAUGGGAUCAAUUUAAUUGUGUUGUUAUUAGUGAUUAUACUCCACACCUUCAAGAACUAAUUAAUUUAUUAUGGUCAAAACAAAUACCAAUACUAAUUGUAAAUACUAUUGGAUUUUAUGCAUCAAUGAAUUUAUUAUCAAAUGAAACUACCGUUAUUGAAACUCAUGAUCCUUCAAGAUUAUAUGACUUAAGAAUAGAUCAACCAUGGCCAGAAUUACAACAAUAUGCAGAUUCAUUUGAUUUAAUUACCCUCAAUGAUCAAGAACAUUCUCAUGUUCCUUAUAUUAUAAUAUUUAUAAAAGCUUUACAGUACUGGAAAAAAACUUAUUCUCAACCUCCUUCAACAUACAAUGAAAAAAAGCAAUUUAAACAAUAUAUUGAAUCAUUAUCAAGAAACAUUAAUUUAGAAACUAAUUUUAUAGAAGCUAUUCAAUCAUGUCAUCGAGCUUUUCAAAAAACAGAAAUACCAGAAAGUAUUAAAAAUUUAAUAACAACAAAUAAACUAAAUAAAAAUUCAUCAAAUUUUUGGAUCUACAUAGCUGCUCUUAAGAAGUUCAUUGAAAAAUUUGGUGUGUUACCAUUACCGGGGAAAUUACCAGAUAUGGCAUCAAAUUCAGAAAAUUAUACUACUUUAGCUCACCUCUACAAGACAAAAGCUGCAAAAGAUCAAGAAUUAUUCACACAAGAAGUUUUUGAAGUAUGUAAAGAAAUUGAUAAACCUACAUCAAUAAUUAACCAGGAAUCAAUAACGAGUUUUUGUAAAAACACUCAAUUAUUAUUUGUAACUGUUGGUUCUAAAAAUUUAAUACCACAAUCAAGUUUAAUGGAAGAUUCAAAUGAUUUUAUUAGUAUAUACUUAUCAAUAAUAGCGUUCAAUCAAUAUAUCGACAUCCACAACCAAAAACCAAAUUCAUCAAACCUUUCUGAAUUUUUAGAAAUAUUUGAAAAAAUCUCAUCAACAACAGUAUCAAAAUCUCAAUUAUUAAUAAUUAAAGAAGUAUUAGCUCAUAAUUCUACAGAUUAUCAUAAUAUAAGUAGUUUUAUGGGUGGGAUAGCAAGUCAAGAAAUUUUGAAAUUAACUACUGCUCAAUAUAUUCCUUUAGAUAAUUUGUUUAUAUUUGAUGGUAUUAAAUCAAGUAGUGAAAGAUUUAAAAUAUAA